AUGGCUUCCACCCAGUCCAGCUCUACUCUCCCUCAGGGAUUCUCCGUCUACCAGCCUACGCUCGGUGCUCCUCUGCAGUUCUUCCCUGCUCUUGGAUCUCAACAGCUCGAUGACAUGAUCAAUGCCUUCAUCCCUGGCCCUUCUGCUGCCAGCGAGAAGCGAGCCACCAUCUCUUUGGACUUCCUUGAGUACGCUCAGAUGACCGGGCAGACUUUCAAGUUCUACCCCGUUCAAUCCGCACCUUCGGCCGCUGCUUCUCCUUCAACAGCAAGCCCUUCUCUUGACUCGGUCAAUUCGUCAUUCAACGUUUCUCCCGUCACAUCUUCCUGGGACUGGAGCGCAGCAUCUGCACCCUCAGUAGCCUCCUCGUCUCGUGGCUCAACGCAACGCCGAAGACAGAGCAAGACCAGCAGCCCGCCUUCCAGACAUCAAACUACCGACUUUUCGCACCUGCCUGGUAUGAAGAUCCUCACCAAGGACGGACUGGACGUGACCAACUCCGCUUCUCGGGGAUCAAAAACCAAGGAACAGCGUGACCACGCUCACCUCAUGAGAAUCAUCAAGGCCUGCGACAGCUGCAAACGCAAGAAGAUUCGCUGCGACCCCAGCCACAAGAAGCGAGGAGCUGCUCAAGUAACAACGCCACAACCUACUCCAAAGCCUGCAAAGAAGGCGAGGACGAUCGCUCAAGAUCCUCCUCCUUGUCCACUGCCGGCUACAAUAACCGACACCGAAUUGCUCUUCUCAGCAUCAUCAUUCGACCUAGACUCGAGCUUUGACUUCUCUGGGCUCGAGAACCUCGACCCAGCUACCAUUCCUUACGACCCAUUCGACGAGUUUGUCCAGUUCCCAGCCAUGGAUACUCCGGACUUCGACUUCCUCCUCGACACUGGGGAUUAUCUGUCUUCACAAUCUACGACCACUGCUUCUUCAUCUUCGGCCGCUUCACCGCUCAAGGCGCUUACGCCGUCCUCAACGCAGGAACCCGGGGCGCCUCCUGGCACCGAGUUCGUCAAUCCCGAGCUGCAGGAAAGGUCUCCGAACUUCCCUUUCCUGGAGCGUUCUGGCUCGUCAAGCGAUUACACCGAUUUCAAUCUGUACUCGCCGCAGUCCAGCUUCUCCGAGGAUGAGCGUAUGCUGCCAAUUGGCUCCUCGACUGGCAGCCUGCCCAGCCUGAAUGAACCAUCGCUGUCUGAAUGCCCGCCUCCCUCUUAUGAGUCUAUGGCGCAUGGCGAGGCAAUCGAGUGGGACGGACCUGGCCUGUCUGUUGAUGAACUCCAGUUCCACUCUGCCAACGAAUCCGUUGGCGGUAGCGGCCGCAGCCCAUUGAGCAGCAGCGGCAUGUUUGCUACCACGAGCUUUACACGCACCGCGGGAGACCCCGUAGAUGAGUUUAGCUCCCCACCGAACAGGAGCCCAGGCGUCCAACCCCCAAGCCAGGUGGUCAUUUGUUGUCCCCCCGGCACGGUUGUGGUCGCCGGUGAUACCUCACCUGGUGGUCAAGCCCUAGACAGCGUAUCAACCAGCUUCAACUCGUCUGUUGCAUCCGCAUCUGUUGAGAUCGAUGCAAGCGAAUCGCCAGGUGUAUUCGUCGACCAAUCUAUAUCCAACUUGGCCGCCGACGCAUCCAACAGGAUCAGCAGUGUACUACCAGCUGACUACGUCGGCCUGUCCACGAAUGUCUCUACCAUCAGGAACAGCAGUGAAUCCACAGCUGAAUCGGCCCGUCAAUCUGUAUUUGUCUCAACCAACAGGAUGGACUCCGAAUCCCCAGGAACAACUGCCAUUCGCGAUCAAGAUCAUGUGGCUUCCGCCAUCAGCCCAGCCUCAUCCUACCCCGAACCCAAUGUUCUGAGCGCUUCUUCCACUGGCGAUGGCCUCCAGGUGUCCACCAACCGUUCUGCUGAAUCGAUUGAUAAUUCUACUUCAUCCUCGACACACGAUUUGCUGAUCGGUGGCUUUGAGCGUCCUGUCCAUGAAGCCUCACCUGUCAUAUCUGGCACCUCGGACCACACCGUUCCUGACGUGGUCAUAUCAGACUUGGAGGGUGCCUAUAAUGAUGAGCUUCGCCCGUCUGCACCCAUGUGCGCCGCUCAGUCAAGCGAAGCAAGCAGCACACCAGUUCCGGUUGAAGUAUCACUCCGUGAACAAGACCUAUCUGUACCGGAUGUUCCUGGUGAACGCUACGUCGUUUCCCACAGGUCCAUCCCUACGGCCAGUCCAUUCUCUGACCAGGAUGAACGGCCAUAUGACAUUGCCAAUAGCAAUGACCAGGGCGUAAGCGUCGGCCUGUCAACCAGCGGCGAGGCAGAAACCCAGCCGUCACAGGCGUCGUCCAACGCCCUACCGGUUAUCCAACCCCCUAUCAAUGCCACCAUCCGCUCUCUUGCGACAAUCCAACCACAUGGUAGUAUUGAGCAGUCACGAAGCCAAUCCGCAGACUCUUCUGUGUCCAACACUGAAGUCGACCCUGUCUUAUUGGCACACACUGCUACAAUGUCCAAUCUGGCGCUGUACAUGCUCGCCGCCAUGAUUGCGACAAAUGGCGAUAUGAACGCCACGCCCCAACCCUCAUCCGCUGUGGCAUCCUGCCGCACAGCGUCACGGGCCUCGUUGCACAAGCGACGAACCGUGUUUUCAACAAUGUCUCCUUUGUGUGUCGUGUAA